AUGAACUGUUCUUUUAGGUAUAACCUACUACGUAAGAAAUUCCCAGCCACUUCAUUCACUGGCGCCCCAGUUCUGUCCGAUGCUGGGUUUGACCUACUGAACAAGCUCCUAACGUAUGAUCCUGAGAGGAGAAUAACUGUUGAUGAAGCUCUAAAGCAUGAUUGGUUCCGUGAAGUCCCUCUGCCAAAAUCCAAAGAUUUCAUGCCUACUUUUCCUGCUCAACAUGCCCAAGACAGGCGUGGGAGGAGAAUGGUAAAGAGCCCUGAUCCUUUGGAAGAGCAACGUAGGAAGGAAUUAACACAAGCUGAACUUGGGUCUGGUGGUCUGUUUGGCUGAAGUGUCGCGCACCUGUUGAAGAUAGCAUUUGGAAUACAACCUUGAUACUCUCAAUUACCUCGAAACUACCACAAUUAGGCGAGGGCUACUGCUUAAGCGGAGGUUGGAACAUUUG